AUGGCCCCUAAAAGAGAGGCGUCCAUUAAGAAAUCUCCAUCACCAGGGGCUCAGCCCAGACUGGGUCCCCCUUUCCCUUGCCUCCCUGCAGCCCCUCCAGCUCCAAGACCUGCUCCAGAGCAGAAGCCAAGGAUGCUGCGUCCCUCGGACUCCCCAUUUGACCCAAGCACCUUGGAGAUUGAAUUUAACCUGGAACAGAUACAUGAGUUUAAGGAGGCCUUCCUGCUGUUUGACAGGACAGGCGAUGGGAAGAUCAGCUACAGCCAGUGUGGGGAUGUCAUGCGGGCCCUCGGGCAGAACCCAGUCAACGCUGAGGUGCUCAAGGUCCUGGGAAACCCCAAGGCUGAGGAGAUGAACCACAAGAUGCUAGACUUUGAACAGUUCCUGCCCAUGCUCCAAGCCAUUGCUAAGAAUAAGGACCAGGGCUCUUUUGAGGAUUUUGUAGAGGGACUGCGUGUCUUUGACAAAGAGGGCAAUGGCACAGUAAUGGGGGCAGAGCUGCGUCACGUCCUCACAACGCUAGGAGAGAAGAUGACAGAGGAGGAAGUGGAAACACUGUUGGCAGGACACGAAGACGCUAAUGGCUGCAUCAAUUAUGAAGAGCUGGUCAGGAUGGUCAUGAAUGGGUGAAGAUGAAGAGCAUUUUUUUUUACCCCCGUUUUCCUUUUAUACCUUGUUACAUAUCCCUUGUCUUUUUUUUCAGUUUGCUUCCACAACCUUCUUUUAAAAUCACUUCCUGAGUUACUUCACAUGUCUUUUUAUUUUAAAAAGUGCCUUUUACAUUCCCCAGUUAAGACCACAAAUGACUUGGCUGCUGUUGCCCUCCUUGGUCACAUGUGACCGACUCUCAUUUAAUCAGGAACCUUUGAACUCACGUAGUCUGCAAUAACAUUCCGAGAUGCAGCACUAAAGACUACCUGACAUUGGAUAUUGAUGUAAUUGAUAGUUUGUUGAUGUUUGCGACAUCAGAAUGGAUGAUUGUCAGUGACCUACUGUAGUAUUGGCAAAGACUCGCUUUGGCUGGGAACAUGUCACCCCACCCCCUUACUACCGCCAGAGCUAUGCAGUAAACGAGUAUGCUAAAAAGCCAUACAAUCAUGAGGUAUGAAAAAGAAAAGCGUCUCCAGCAACUUCCAUGUUUUAUUUUCCCCCUACGUUUGUUGCUACAUUUAAAUAAAAUGGUUUUUUUUUCUGAAAACUUA